GGCUGGGCGGAGCAGGGGGACGCUGCAAGGAAAUGGAGCUGGCCUCGCCAAGGGCUAGCAGGGCUCGAUCGGUCCCCACCAGUAGCAGCCAGGCGAGCCCGGGGAGGCUGCAACCGGGCUGCUCCCGUCUGGUGGCACACACGGGUUGCAGAGUGUCAAGCUGAUCAGCAUUCAAGUGGCGAUGAGUGAGCCAAGUGAAGUGAGAGAGGCGCGUGCAACUGGCAGUGGAAGCUGAGGAUGGUGCAUGGGGAAAGAGAGAGAGAGAUGGGAAGAAGCUGUUUGUGUUGCCUUGGGAUUUUUCCACUUUGAAACCUACCAGGACCAGUUGCUACGAAGCAUGAAGCAGGCGGUGAUGGUUGUGAUGAUGAGGAAAGGCUGUUUCUAAAUGAUCGGGCUGCAGCUCCCUCAGAAUACAAGCAACAAAUGGCAGCGGGCUGUGGCCGGGCUGCAGCAGCAGCAGCAGCUGCAACUCCCAGGUGUAUUUUUAAGACGAAUACUGACCAUGAGGAAGUCCACUUAUUAGUCCACUUUUGCUAAUUCUGCUGAAGAAAAUGAAGCUACGCUUUGGCUGUACAGAAUCUUUUACCACCACUGUUGGGUAAAUGAGAAGUGGUAGUGUGAUUAUGCUGACAUCCCAGCAUGCAUUUGGUAGACCUGUGGUUAACUCGGUCCCUCUCCAUGUGUCUGCUCUUACAAAGUUUUGUCCUCAUGAUACUGUGCUUUCAUUCUGCCAGUAUGUGCCCAAAAGGCUGCCUUUGUUCUCAUUCUGGAGGUUUAAAUGUCAGUUGUAGCAAUGCAAAUCUCAAGGAAAUACCCAGAGAUCUUCCUCCUGAAACAGUCUUACUUUAUUUGGACUCCAAUCAGAUAACAUCCAUCCCAAAUGAAAUUUUUAAGGACUUGCAUCAAUUGAGAGUCCUCAAUUUAUCCAAAAAUGGUAUUGAAUUUAUAGAUGAACAUGCCUUUAAAGGAGUGGCAGAAACCUUGCAGACUUUGGACUUGUCCGACAACCGGAUUCAAAGUGUGCACAAAAAUGCUUUCAAUAACUUAAAAGCCAGAGCCAGAAUUGCAAACAAUCCUUGGCACUGUGACUGUACUCUGCAGCAGGUCCUGAGGAGCAUGGCGUCCAACCAUGAAACUGCCAACAACGUCAUCUGUAAGACUUCUGUGUUAGAUGAACAUGCUGGGAGACCAUUCCUCAAUGCUGCCAAUGAUGCAGAUCUUUGUAACCUUCCUAAAAAGACUACUGAUUAUGCCAUGCUAGUCACCAUGUUUGGCUGGUUCACCAUGGUGAUAUCCUAUGUAGUUUAUUAUGUGCGGCAAAAUCAAGAGGAUGCAAGAAGGCACCUUGAGUACUUGAAAUCCCUGCCAAGCAGGCAGAAGAAACCAGAAGAAGCUGAUGACAUUAGCACUGUGGUAUAGUAUCCUGAAUACAACUGACUUUUAAGAUGGCAAUUAGAUUUGGAUGGCACUAAAACCAGAGGUUUACUUAUAACAUUCAUUGUAAACAUUUGAGACUUUUUUUUUCAAUUUAACUGAAUUAUGCCACUGUUGAUCUUUCUAACAAAGGUUUUUGUUUGGGUGGUAUAUGUUAAUUGUUUCUCUGGUGGUAUUCUAAAGCAAGUAAACUAGUAUGUAAACAUUAGUUAGACCCAUUUAAUAACAAAAUUUAUUUUUUUAAUUUAAAACCGAAUAAAAGCUUAAC